ACGCACACUGAAACAGAUAGAGAAAGAGAGAGAGAGAGAGGGGGGGCGAGGCGGCGGCAGCCAUGGCGACGCUGCCGCAGCGGUUCAAGCUGCUGGCGACGCGGUGCGCGGCGGGGGCGGCGGCGCCGAGCCCGUCGCGCAGCCCCGCGCCGUCGUACGCCGGGGCCAGCCCCGGGUACCGCCUCCGCCGCCGCCGCAGGCGCCGCGGCGGCGUCGACGGCCGGCUGCGGCGCUUCCUGUCCCGCCGCGUCGGCGUGGGCGGCUGCGGCGGGGGUGGUGGUGGUGGGGGGAAGGAGGCGGCCGCCGCGCGGGAGCAGGAGGAGUACAGGAAGCCGCUCGUGGGCCGCGGCGGCCGCACGCUGCGGGAUCUGUUCGUCGCGUCGCCGGAGGCGGCGCGACGCCGCGGCGGCGAUGACGACGAAGGUGGGGGCAUUGGCGGCUUCAGGUCGGGUCAUGGCGGCGGAGGCGGAGGCGGCGGUGGAGGCAGGAGGUUCGGUUCCGGCGGGCUGCGGAGCCUGCUGAUGCGGCGGAGCUGGCGGCCGGUGCUGGUGGCGAUCCCGGAAGGCGAGGGCCGGCCGGAGCUCGCCGUCAUCGAGGAAUAAAUAACGAACAGCAGGAGCAGCAACGACGGAAGAGAAGAGAUCAAGAAACCCUGAAGAGGACAUGGAUUCCUCCACUGUCCCCAUCUUGUUCAUCUUCUUGCUCUGUUUCUUGCGUCUUCUUCUUCCUCUCUUUGGUUUCUUCUUUUCAUUAGUUUUGAUCCACUUCUUGUUGUAGGAGAUUUGCCGCUGUGAAUAUGGAAUACCAAAUCACCACCAUCACCCAAUCAAUCAAUCUGACCCCAAAUUGCAAA